AUGGAUGACGAACAACAGGUAGCCGAUGUGUGCACGCCAGGUGGUGUUUCCCCGAACUCGGUGACACGCAUGAAUCGAAUCCAAAAUAGAGAUAUUCCGGACGCAGAAUUGAGCGAAUACAGCACUGAAGCGCCGCAGCAUCAUGCAGAUCAAGAUGAGGAGCUUCCAGAAGGGUGGGUAAGACAUCGUAAUGGUCUCAUGCUUGAUGUGCCAAUCACACCGAGGAUGUGCGGAGGGGAAAACACUCAAAAACAGCCACAUUUUGUAUUUACACAAGAAAGUGAUCGUAGAACGACCAAACAGUUACAAAAAACGCUGCUGCAAAUAGACCGCAGUGCCGUGCGUAUGAUGAAAGAGGAACAAUCAGUCAGAAUAAGAGCAACAAAGCCACAUGAGGAACCUCAGGAGUAUCAACAUAGACAAAAUACUAUACCACGGGAAACUCCCACAAGAUGUACGAGGUUGGCUCCAGAUUGUGAUCAGAACAUUUCACACAGGUGGCUAAGGAAUCGCCAUAACCAACCAACUAUUGUCACUCCUGCGCCACAGGAUGAUGCCUUAAAUCGCAAAAUUAUACUUAUGAAAAAACAACAUGAACGCGACAUUAUCGCUGCAAAGCGCCAAGUUUUGGAACAUGUCGAUGCCCUUGUCAAAAAAUACAGACAACUAGCCAUAGACGCUGUCAAGAUAGCGCGUGAGGAGCAACGCAAAACGGAGACAGAACGGAGAAAUGCAUAUGAAGCUUGUGCACGAUACGAAGCCGACCUUAUGGCUAAUGUACGGAGUGCAAUCUCCAACCUUAAACUAUCAACGCAAGCGGAACAGGAGAGGAUACUAGCCGAGAGAGAUGCGUUACAAAGGAGGUGCGCUGAUCUCACACCAAAGAAGAAAACACGAAAACUUACAUUAGACCAUAUCACGGCCAAGAUAGUUGCACAGUUCAAAGCUAACCAAAAGUUCAGCAUUGACAUAGUAGACGAUGCAAUAGACAUGGUCGCCGAAGAGUUUUCUGGGUUCAAAACCGCAACAGCGGAGCUCGUGGUUGAAAAGUUCGCAGCGCAGGGAUGCUCAUUGAGCAAGGAGGAUGCGUUUUCACUCGUAGAGCACAUAGUUGACUCACCAGGCUCAUAG